UUCCUUCAGCCUGAAGAUAGGAAAACAGGAGACGACCAUUCCGAUCAGAUACACGGAAUUGUUCGUAGAACCCUCUGCGGCAGCUAAUCUUAUUCCCCAAGCGAUUUCUGUUGUAACAUCCGCUGGUGACAAGCGCAAUGACGCAGAGAGUGUCGCUCUCGCCGAGCCAGCAUCCUCGCCACAAUCUGAGCACCUGCCUUCUCCUCCUCUCCCUCCUCGUCUUCUCGUCUCUCCACGCCACGUUGGCCUUUCGCUCCUCCGCGGGGCUCCGCGUGGACAAGCUGCGCGGAAUGAUGCGCGGAAAGACGCAAGGCGGACGCUCGACCGGACAGCAGCAGCAGCAGGGCGGCGGAAUUGGCGGAGGAGGUAUGGACGGCGGCGGAAUGGGCCGGGGGGGAAUGGGUGGCGGCGGAACGGGUGGCGGCGGAAUGGGUGGCGGAGGAAUGGUUGGCGACGGAAUGGGCGGCGGCAGAAUGGGCGGCGGCGGAUUGGGUGGCGGCGGAAUGGGCGGCGGUGGAAUGGGCGGCGGCGGAAUGGGCGGGGGCGGAAUGGGAGGCGGCGGAAUGGGCAGCAGCGCAACAGGCGGCGGCGGAAUGGGCGGAGGUGGAAUGGGCGGUGGGGGAAUGGGCGGAGGCAUGGGUGGUGGAACGGGAGGGCGUGGCUCAGGGUCUUCUGCUCCAGGGUCGCAGGCAGCACCCGGCGGAAUCAGCAGCGGCAGAAUGGGUGGGUCGCUGGCAGCACCCGGACUGGGCGGAUCUGGGAUAGGCAGCGGGAUUGGAGGAGGCAUGGGCGGACCUGGUGGGAGCAUGGGCGGACCUGGGGGCAGCAUGGGCGCACCUGGGGGCAGCAUGGGCGGACCUGGGGGCAGCAUGGGUGGACCUGGGGGCAGCAUGGGCGGACCUGGGGGCAGCAUGGGCGGACCUGGGGGCAGCAUGGGCGGACCUGGGUCAUCUGCUCCCGGAUCAGAAGGAGCCAUGAGUCAUGGGGGGAGCAUGGGCGGAGGCAUGGAUGGGGGUAUGGGAGGAGGCAUGGAUGGGGGUAUGGGCGGAGGCAUGGAUGGGGGUAUGGGCGGAGGCAUGGAUGGGGGUAUGGGCGGAGGCAUGGGGCGUUGAAGGGACAAAUGGAAGAAAAAAUUGCAAAGUGGACUGAUGCUCGCGACUUCUUUGGAGAUUAGGCAACGGUUGCAGGGGCCUCAGUCGCUUUGCGGGGCUCACAAUCACUGCCAGAACUUGGCCGCAGCAGCCCUGACAGUGACAGGCGCACGGAACUGUCUGUCGGUGCUGCUUCGUCCAAGAUCUUGACAGUCGGUGCAGUGCAGCCACUUGUGUAGUCACAUCGCCUUUCAUAAGAUCUAGUCUUUGAACAAAUGUGAUACCUCUCUGUGUUUUGGAAAAUGUGCGCUUUUUAUCCCCUCUCUUCCCGCUGAAGCAGAAGGAUGCUAGCUGUUAUGUAACAUCAUGAGAGAAAAACGAUAAGGUACAUUAUGUUA